GAUUCGAGCCUGGCUCGGUUCCAUUCACAUCCUUUGCCGCCUCAUGGGGCUCAUCCCUGUGGCUCAGGGGAAGGUGCAGAGCAACACGGUCUCCCCUUGGAAGCUGUCGCCCAAAGCUUUUGGACUUUCGAAAAUCUACCACUGCUGCAUUUU